AUGUCGUGGGUAAGAGCUGUAGCGUCGAGCGGUGAGGAUGUCUUUGACGAAGAUAUGGAUGAUAUUGGUCUCCAGAACAAAGAAUGGAAACACAACAUGGAAAAACGGGCAAAGGAUGGUUACAGAGACGGUGUUGACGCGGGGAAAGAAGCAUCGCUUCAGAUUGGGUUUAAUAUGGGUUACAGAGAAGGAGCCGUUAAAAUGAAGUCUAUCGGCCAGCUCAAAGGAAUCGUGAGUGCUCUGCAGUGUUGGUACCAGUCACAUGAUCCAGGCACCCCGGCUUUGUCAUCCAUCGCUGAACUUCUGCGUAGAGUAGAGGAGCACGAAGAGGCUGUCAUCGCAGCCAUGCGGAAGGCCCAAGAGCGUCCUCCGCCAAGCGUGACCGACGUCACGGAGACCAUGGAAGACCUGGGAAUGGAGCAGGAAAAUGAAUGUGGAAAGUCUGGCGGCCGUGGGAGAGAUGGAGAUGGAGGUGGAGUUUGUUGCGGGAAGAACGGAGAUGCCGGCGGCGGUCCGACGCAGCGGCCCUCGCAGAACUUUAACGACCUUGGAGAGAGUAUGGGGCAGCUGCUAAGACGAUGUGUCGAGAUAGUCACACAGCACGGACUUCCAGAGGAACUAAAGCGUCACCUUUUAGAGCUAAAGGCCCCAUGA